AUGGACAGAGGGACCAGAAUGAGUGUUACGGAGCUGUGUGAGAUUGAUGACCUGGCCACUGGUUUGGUGUUGGACCCCAUGCUGGGUUUCAGCACCCAUAAAAUGAACAUUGCUCCCUUACCUGAGACCCACUGUUGGGGGUUUCUAAAAGAAACCCUGCUCAGCUUUUAGCAAUCACAGGAUUUUAAGACAACAUUCAAUACACUGACCUCUGGUGCCUAUUUUAAAUCUAUUGGAAGCCAUCAUCAGCAUCUCCUGAGGGAACACAUCUAUCGCUACUGCAGUGCUUUCCUGUUGGACAGUGGUGUUGCGAUAGAGUCCACUGAUAGAUACUCUUGUGAGACCAAUGGAGCAAGGGUAACCUCAACGAGGCACUGGUUUGCAGGACAGCGUGUCAAAGUCCUGCUGGGCUGCCUAGCAGACUUUAGACCAGCCAACAGUGCUGUGCUGAACGCUGGAGUCAAUGACUUUAGCGUGAUGUAUUCCUUACGCAAAAAGUGCGAUCAGCUCUGGCUUGGUCCUGCAAGUUACAUUAACCAUGACUGCAAUCCAAAUGCAAAGUUAGUUGCUUGCAAGUCCUGUGCAUAUGUUGACGUGAUUAGGCCCAUUUCACCUGGUGAGGAGAUCACAUUUUAUUAUGGUCCAAACUUUUUGGGGGAAGGAAAGGAAAUCUGUGAAUGCUAAACCUGUGAGAAGAAUGGAGACGGUUACUUCAAACAGGAUCCUGUAAAGAGCACUACCACAGCCAACACAGAACCUGUGUCUCAGCCUCCCAAAAUGAAAAAGACUGGUAAAAGAACAGAAGCUGAAAAAGAAACAUUAAGUGUGCUGGCGCAUAACUUAUUUUAG